GGGACAUCGUGUAUUUUUUAUUUAUCAUUGUCAAAAUAUGUCCAUUAUUGACAAUAGUACAAAUAAUUGAAUUUAGUUUAGCCACAAAAAUGUUAGCUUCAACAUUAGGUAGCUAAAAUGCUAGGAAAUGCUAAUAUGAAGAGGACUGCAGGGGUCAGAUGAAUAAACUUCCUUCUUGACAUCGAUUAUGUAUUUACUUUGAGUUAGACCACUUUGUAGUGUUUUGUUUGUUUGUUUUAACAGAUGGUCUAAUAUUUUUGCUCCAGCAUCCUCUGACGCAUGGAAGAGGUCAUGAUUCUAUGAUUCUAUGAUAGCAAGCUGGCCGGUCCUGCUGAAGCAAAGCAUUCCCAAACUACUUACUGCAGCAUGCUGUAAGUGUCAUGGGGUAAGAUUAUUAUGGGAUUUUCUGAUUGUAAAGACUUAGUAGUAAGAGAGUGCUGUAGAUCUUUUGAUGACAUUUUAAGGUUUUUAGAGACACCUAUUUCCUCUUGCAAAUUUCUCUUGCACAAUCACAUCAGUCAAAAAAAACACAGCUUAAUUGUUUGAAAGGAAGUGAGAGAUGAUGCAUCACAUCUGAAAUAUUAACUCAUCCACCAUUGUUCUACAGCUCAGAACGUUGGCAUGAUGUAAUCGCAGCCAUCCCAGAGCUCGGUGUUCAUGGCUAUGUGUGAAACUUGUUGCUGAUUUAAGCUGCUUGUGUUCUUCCAUGCAAAUGCUACAGAGGCGUAACUACCAGUCAGUGGAGUAUCAAGAAGACAGUGAUGCUCCCAUGUACUUAUAAAGUGCUGUGCAGGCAUUGUGUAAGUCUGUCAGGUUGUCUUUCUUAAGAGAUAUCCAUGUAAGUAAACAUCAGUUUACAUUAUUAGUAGCUCCAUAACCCCAGUUUUAUUCAGUGGGGAUACCAUUGGUCAUCAGCUGAUGGCAAUGCAGCAUAUCUGAAGCUGCAUGGCCUGUAAUAUUUCUGUUCAGAUCAUGACGCAGCUGUUAAACCUUUCCCUCUUGCAUGAUGUCACUGUUGCAUUAGCUGUUUGUGCGAACCUGCAGUGCUGGCCAUCACUUCCCCUCCCCCCGAUCUGUCUGCCUGGGUCCUCACAGGUUUGCACCAUCAUGUGUACUGGGGCUGAAACAUGCAUGUGUGAAUGAGGCUGUCUCCUGCUACAAGUCCUCCCCGUCUUCACCGCAGCCCCCCUCUGCUUCGCAUCCCUCCGCGGACGACUCGUCGUCAUUCCUGGGGCUGUCACAGCAGCUUCAGCAUCCAUCCACCCUCCGUUUAAGCAGCAUCUUCUCCAUCCGCUAAAGCAUUCAUUUUUCACAUUCAGCAUCCAUCUGAACUCUCCUUCCCUCCGUCUCUAAAUUUGCGAACCAAAAUCGAAAGCAGCCACGCUUCCACAUUCUCAGUGACUCUUCCACGCGGCAUCCCCCUCUCUUCCCUUCUGCUGGCCUGGGCUCAUCAUCGUAGAGUCUCGACUUCCCAUCAUCUUCACCAGCAUCCACUCUCUAAAGCUGCCAAGCUGUCUCUUCUUCCCAGGAAAGUGUAUUUUGGCUGGACAGCUGGGUGGCCACUGUCCCUCUGGAAGAUGCUUCUGUGGAUGAAGACAGAGGAAAUGGCUCUUGGGGAGCUGCUGGAGAGACUAAGGAGCGUCACCCAAACCAUAGAUGAGAUCAUGCAGCUGGACACCAAUCCCCCCCGCGCUGCUGACAUCACGCCUGAUCUCAGAAAACAGUUUGCCUUCCUUUCAGGCGGUAGAGGAGAUAAUGGCAGUCCCAUCAUUGUGUUUCCAGAGUUUCCUGCAUUUGGGGAAAUCACGGACAGAGAGUUUCACAACGUCCUAACCUAUCUAACAAGUGUGCCUAGCUUGUCAUCAACAGACGUAGGUUUCAUCCUGGUCAUCGAUCGCAGGCAGGACCGAUGGGCGGCUGUCAAGGGGACUCUGCUUCGUAUUGCAGGCUCCUUCCCCGGGAAUCUCCAGCUGGUCCUGGUUCUGCGGCCCACCACCCUGCUGCAGAGGACGCUCUCAGACAUCCUCUUUAAGUUCAACAAGGAUGAGUUCAAGAUGAAGGUGCCGGUGAUCAUGCUGAGCUCCGUGAGUGAGCUGCACUCCUACAUCGACCGCACCCAGCUGACGCGGGAACUCGGAGGAACGCAGGACUACUGCCAUGAGAAGUGGAUCUCACAUCGAACUGCCAUUGAGGGAUUUGCACUGAUGGUGAAGAGAACAGCGCAGACCCUGCAGUCAUUUGGGACGGAGCUGGCAGAAACUGAACUCCCAAAUGAAAUUAAGACAACGACCAUCCUGCUUAGCACACACACCAGCAAGAGGGACAAAAUGAAGGAGGACAUACUGGUUGCUCUGCAUCAAGGCAACAGGCUGCUGGAGAGCAUCAAUGAACCUGUAAUAAGAGACCCUGACCACAACAUGAACCAGGACGAACUGGAAAACCUAGCAACAGUACAAAGACUGCUGUCUCAGCUGGACGAGACAGAAAGGGCUUUUGAGGAGUUCUGGGUGAGGCAUCAGACCAAACUGGAGCAGUGUUUGCAACUGCGACACUUUGAGCACAACUACAGAGAGGUCAGAGGUUUGCUGGACAGCCUGUCGGAGAAGCUGGUAACCUUCUCCGAGGUUGGGAUCAGCCCCGCUCACGCUGACCACAUCUUCUGUGAGCUCACCUCCUUUGAAGAGCGAGUCUGUGAGGUUCUGGACAGAGCCUCGGCGCUGUCUCAUGAGGGUGAUGAGCUCAUCCAGAAGUCCCACUACGCCGAGGACUCCAUUCAGCCCAAAUGCAGCGAGCUGAGAGCCGUCAGCGAGAGCCUGAGCUUCAACCUCAGGACCAAGAAGGACUACCUGCUGAAAGCCAUGGAGCUGCACCAUCGGCUGGAGAGGGCAUCUAAAUGGGUCGACGAUGGCAUCUAUCUGCUGGCCUCUCAGCCAGUAGACAAGUGCCAGUCCCAUGAGGGGGCCGAGCUGGCCUUGCAGGAGUUGGAGCGUUACCUAGACAACGCUGGUCAGAAUCAACUGACUGACCUCGGCGCCAUCUGGAAGGAGUACGAGGAAGUGCUGAACCAGCAGUUCAGGGAGCAAGUGGAGAAAGUUUACCAAAAGCAAGCGUCCAUGCAGGAGAUGUUUGACAAGCGGAAGAUCAGCCUCAAGAAGCUAGCAGCCAAACAAACCAGGCCAGUGCAGCCAGUGGCUCCGAGACCAGAAGCCUUCAUCAAAUCACCGCUCAGCUCUCCUGCGCACAAAGCACAGCUGGAAAAAAAUUCGGAGUCCAACCUCAGCUGUGAAAAAAGAAACGGCCAACUGCAGAACGAAGACGGUGGCAGCAGACACGCGUCUCAGUCGGAGGAGGAGGAGAACCUGGCGGUGCUCCGGCGACAUGUAAUGAACGAGCUGCUGGAAACCGAGAGGGCCUAUGUGGAGGAGCUACUCUGUGUGCUGCAGGGUUAUGCCUCUGAGAUGGAGAAUCCAACCAUGUCUCACCUCAUCCCUGCGCCUUUGCAGAACAAAAAGGAGGUUCUGUUUGGUAACAUGCCAGAGAUUUACCAUUUUCAUAAAAGAACCUUUCUGAGGGAGUUGGAACUUUACACACACUGCCCAGAGUUAGUGGGAAGAUGCUUUUUGGAGAGGAUGACUGACCUGCAGAUCUACGAGAAGUACUGUCACAAUAAACCUCGGUCUGAGAGCCUCUGGAGGCAGUGUUCAGACUGCGCCUUCUUCCAGGAAUGUCAGAAGAAGCUUGAACAUAAGCUGGGUUUAGAUUCAUAUCUGCUGAAGCCAGUUCAGAGAAUAACCAAAUAUCAGCUGCUGCUGAAAGAAAUGCUCAAGUACAGUAAGGGCUGCGAUGGAGCGGAUGACCUGCAGGAGGCGCUGACCUCCAUUUUGGGCAUCCUCAAGGCUGUCAACGACUCCAUGCAUCUCAUCGCCAUCACAGGAUUUGAGGGUAAUAUGAGUGAACUAGGAAAGCUCCUCAUGCAGGGCUCAUUCAGCGUUUGGACUGAGCACAAAAAAGGUCACGCCAAAGUUAAAGACCUGGCUCGUUUCAAGCCCAUGCAGAGACACCUGUUCCUCCACGAGAAGGCUCUGCUCUUCUGCAAGAGGAGGGAGGAGAACGGAGAGGGCUACGAGAAGGCUCCUUCAUACAGCUUCAAACAGUCACUUAGUAUGAAUGCAGUGGGGUUCACUGAGAAUGCAAAGGGAGACAACAAGAAGUUUGAAAUCUGGUCCAGCUCCAGAGAAGAGGUUUAUAUUGUUCAGGCACCAACUGCUGAAGUAAAAACCACAUGGGUGAAUGAGAUCAGAAAGGUUCUCACAACCCAGCUGGAGGCCUGCAGAGAAGCCAGCCAGCAGAGGGCCCCAGACCAAGUGUUUCAGUUUUCCCCCGUCCCAACCGGUACAGUGAGUCUCAGUCCUUUAAAGACGAGUCAGAAGAUUAAAAAGGGAGAGGAGAAGAAGGCUGAGCCUUGCAGCCCUGAUGUCACCUCUACUUGUUCACCAAAGCUCACAGUGAAAGACGAAGCAGUGACAAGCCCGACCUCAGACAGAGCUGCUGUGGCUAAAAAGCGUUUUACUUUACAGGGCUUCAGUAACCUCAAAACUCAGAAAGAGCCCACAAGCACUGAUGACAAAUGUUAUACGUUCCCCAUGAUAAUCUGCCCAUCUUCAGGAUCCUCCACCAGCCCAGACCACAACACCAAACGGCAGAGUGAUCCCACGCCUUUUGGCUUCAAAGGAUGGAAUAAGACCUCCCUAUCAUUGGACGAACACGACGGCUACUCCAGCGCCGAGGAGCCUCUUAACUCUGAUCCAGAAGACGAAAACCACAAGAAGCUGUGUGCUGGGAAAUACACCGUAAUGGCAGACUACAAGAACGGAGCUGCAGAAGAGCUUUUAGUGAAGAGUGGAGACAUGGUGCAGCUGGUGAAGGAGGGGGACGACGGACAGUGGUUUGUGCGCAACCUCAACACAUCUAAGGAGAGCUGGAUGGCUGCUGCUAAUCUCAUGACCCUCAUGGAGAAGUCCAAGUCUUGUCAGUCUCUCAGCAGCUCUGAAGGCAGUGGGAACCUCAGCACAUCCUCCAGCUGCAGCGAGACCUAAACAAACCCAUCAGACGUCAAACCCUGAGCUCCUCUGCACUUCUCCCGUCAAGGAACUGCCCUCCUGAAUGCAAGCAUCACAUGGCUGCAUCUGUGCUGUCAUGCCAACAUCAGCACUCCUGGAUUUUGCACAAAAAGUUGUAUGUUUGUCAUUGUUUUUAUUAAACCCGUACGCCAUGUGGUCUCAUAACGUUGUUACCAUUAUGCUGUUGAGGUGUAAACAUUAGAGAAAUAACUCCACUGUGUAGUAAAGUGAUCUGGCAACAGACAUUUUUCUGAUCAGUUUUAGAUGUAUGAGUGGACCAGCAGGACUGAGAUCUGUUAAUGCAUCUUUUUAUCACUUCACAAGCAAGGAAAAGUUACAAGAAAAAUAUUUCGUCACGUUCAUCAGCUCUGAUAGAUGGUUUUAAAAAGGGGGGAAGAAAUACAUUCAUGCAGCUUUUUUAGGUUGUAUGCUUCCCUUUUGUCUGCUCAGUAUUUAUUUAAAUGUAACGCACCCAUUUGUAUUCAUGAAUUCUCCCGUAUUGCCACCUGUCUGCUGUUUGUUUAGUGUCAGCCUGUCUGUAGAAACCGGUUCUAAUGUCUAAACUUUGUGGAUUUUCUUCUAUUUGUGAAUUUCAUUAAUGCAACAAAUGUUUCUCAGUGUAAAACCCCAGAAACCACUGUACUAACUUAUUCCCUGUGCAGGGGGUCAUUUUCUGAAUGUAGAUAAUAUGUAAUAAUAACUGUCUGUCAUGAGAUAUUUGUUAAUGAAAAUGCUAUAUUGUACACUAAGUAUGGUGACGUCACUACCUGGUGACUUGUCAAAUUUUUUUUACAUAAACAAAUUGUUACAAAACAGUGA